AUGGCCGAGCCAACGUCUGCAGUCAUUUGCGCAUGUGUGCCGAUUAUGCGGCCCUUGUUAGCAUGCUCGGGAACUUCCAGGUAUGGCAGCCAAGGAUCGCGAAGACCUCUCUCAGGAGCAACCAACGAAUCGACCGGACAAAGACGUCAGACACCGAGUGCGCCUCCUCAAUCGCCCACCAGCACGACAAGUCAAUCCGUAACGCAAAUGACAUACAAAUCGACUAUUACAGGGAGUAUAGAUGGAGAUUUGGAAGGAUACACUUCAAGCCAACAGGCCAGGGGUAGCAUCAAUACAUUGAACCCACUGUCCAUGCACCCAUCAUCUCCCACCAAAACGGCACAAUUUCCAUGA